UCAACCUCUCUCGAUGCAUACAUACAUGCUGUAACUAGAAACCACAAUAUAUUUCUUCACCCAUCCAUCAAUCCUUAAACAUAUAUAUCAUGAAGUUUUCCAUGAAACCUGUACGGCCAUGCACCAUAAAACCACCCACCCUCCCACUACACAACACAACUCGACUGCCACUAAAUUCUACAACAGUAAUUCUAGGAGUGUCAAAGUGGGUCGAAACCCGGCAGUUAACCCACAUCCAUCCUGCGGUGGGGCAAAUUAGGGCAGUAAAAAAUUUGGUCCGCGAAAAAGCGGGCCUAACGGGGCUGGACCGAGGCCUGAGCUUGAGGCAGCGGUGGAUGGAUUAUCAGGGGAUCAAGAACUGGGAAGGGCUGCUUGAUCCUCUUGAUGAUACUUUGAGGGAAGAGAUUAUAAGGUAUGGGAAAUUUGUAGAGGCGGCGUAUAGGUCCUACGAGUUUGAUCCGGCGGCGGCGGGGUAUUCCCAUUGCCGCCACUCCAAGGCGAAGCUUCUAACCCGGGCCGGGUUCCCGGCGACCGGGUACCGGGUUUCCAAGAAUCUGAGCGCCACGAGCGGGAUUCAACUGCCGCGCUGGGCGGAAAAGACGCCGGAAUGGAUGUCGGUGCAGUCGAGCUGGAUCGGCUUCGUGGCGGUUUGUCAAGAUAAGCGGGAAAUCGAGCGGCUCGGUCGGCGUGACGUGGUAAUUGCGUUUCGCGGCACCGCCACUUGCUUGGAAUGGCUGGAGAAUCUACGCGCCACCCUCACUCCCCUCCCCGCCGCCGCCGCCUGUGGCGGCGGCGGCGUCGGCGAUUUUUUUUCUCCGAAUGAGUGCGGGCCGAUGGUGGAGAGUGGGUUUCUUAGUCUAUACACGUCAAAAGUGGGAUCUUCUCAGAGUUUACAAACCUCCAUUAGAGACGAAAUUUCAAGAAUCCUCAAACUUUACGGCGACGAGCCUUUAAGCUUCACAAUCUCCGGGCAUUCCCUAGGCGCCGCGCUCGCUAUCCUAACAGCGUACGACAUCAAACAAACAUUCCAAAAUCUCCCCCACGUAACCGUCAUGUCCUUCGGCGGGCCCCGCGUCGGAAACCCGAGUUUCCGGUCCCAUUUAGAGAGACAAGGAACCAAAGUCCUGAGAAUCGUAAACUCCGACGACCCCAUAACCAAAGUCCCCGGUUUCGUCAUCGACGCCGACGCCGACACCGACAACAACGUAAGAAUGAACGACAACAUGGCGAACAUUUCCGGGUGGUUUCAGAAGCAAUGGGUUUACGCCGACGUGGGCUGCGAGCUCCGGCUAAGCAGCCGCGACUCGCCGUACCAUAGUGGCAUUAAUAUUGCCGCGUGUCAUGAUCUCCGGACUUAUCUCGAUCUCGUUAGCGGCUUCGUCAGCUCCAACUGUCCGAUCAGAGCCACCGCCCGGAAAAUUAUUAGUUGCGGUGGCUAAAAAGAUUGAUAGAUCGAACCAAUGAGUCACCAUAGAAUAAAGGUCCAUGCAGAAAAAGAUUGUACAGACAUGGUCCAACGUUAAUAUAUACUUGGAUUAACAGUUAACUAACUGUUCCCCUAAUCAUGGAGGUGCCGGUGUCCACGUGUACAACUAACGAACACAACCUUAAAUUAAUUUUUUUUUAAUUUUUUUUUACUGUAGACUA